AUGUCUGAAAAAUUUUAUAAACGUGCAUCAGUCGCAUCUGAUAUUGAAUUACGACGAAAAACGCUUAAAACAAAACGUAAACCUGGACAUCGAAGUUUACAAUUAAAUAAUAUUAGAUUUUAUGGUUUCGAUAUGGAUUAUACUUUAGCUGUUUAUAAAUCACCCGAAUUUGAAAAUUUAACAUUUCAAUUGGUACUGGACUCACUAAUUGAACUAGGUUAUCCAGCAAAUAUCAAAGAAUUUGUUUAUGAUCGGUCAUUUCCAUUGAGAGGUCUAUGGUUCGAUAAAUUGUAUGGAAAUUUUUUAAAAGUUGAUGCCUAUGGUAACAUACUGAAGAAACUAAAAGCUAAUUACUGGAAUCCAAAACCGCCAUCGGAUCGAGCACUCAAAACUGCAUGA